AUGGACCCCUCACCGAGCUCAACCUCCCGCGAGCUCAAGGAUACUCGCGCGACCAGCUCGACCAGCCUCAACAGCGCUGCUUCGGGCUCUUCGUCCGCUCAUAAACCACCUACUCUUUCUCAGCGAUCUCCUUCUGUAUCUAUAUCCGCUGGCUCUGGCCCAAGCUCCAUAUCCGCACACCGCGCAAGCUUCGCUGAGGGCUUGCGCAAUGCGCCCUCAUCACCACGCUCUCAACGGCACCCUUCUUUUACACAGGCCGCUCUCCAGGAGUUGCUGAACCAUCCUCCGGCAGGAAACAAGCAUGCUAACCCCAGAUUUGCCGGCCGCGAUUGGCGUGAUGUAGCUAUCGGAGAGCUUGUAUCUCCCGAUGAUGUUAAGUGGGUUGAGUUCGAUAGCAGCGUUGAAGAAGCUACAAAGCUCCUCCUCAAGAGCCCUACCAACGUUGUUCUGGUCCGCGAGGAUCCCUCCACCCAUAUCGCGGUCUCCACGUUCGAUUAUACCGAUCUGAACGCAUACCUACUUGUUGUUGUUGGUCUCGCCAAACCCGAGGAAGAUCAGGUUGAGCUAUUCAAUUCGAUUCUGGCCAAGGCCCAGGAAGGUGGCCAGAUUCCAUUACGAGACGUCUUCCCUCUUUUCCGCAAGGAAACACUCAUCACGUUGCCUGGUGACGAAAAGCUCGCACAGGCUAUUCAAAUUCUCGGCAGUGGCAUCCAUCGUCUGUUGGUGACAACUACAAGCGGCGAGGUGGUUGGCAUCGCAAGUCAACUUCGAAUUGUCGAGUUUUUCUGGAACGAGGGUGUCAACUUUCCUUCAAUCGAUCGGCUUUACCCUGCUUUGCUACGUGAUCUGGGUGUUGGGGCCAAGGAGAUUGUUUCUGUCAACUCCGAUUCACCCUUAUCUGAAGCACUCACGCUUAUGAGCAAUGAAGGGCUUACAAGCGUUGCAGUUGUUGAUAACGGUAUGAAUGUGGUGGGCAACAUCUCCACCAAAGACGUCCGCCACUUAACCAAGAGUUCCAACGCCCAUUUACUCAAUUCGUCAUGCAUGAACUUUAUUUCUGUGAUUCUCAACGAGCGAGGAGUUGAACACGGACGUGACGUCUUUCCCGUAUUCUACGUGAACCCCUACUCGACUCUGGCCCAUACCGUUGCCAAGCUCGUUGCUACUCGAUCGCAUCGAAUGUGGGUGGUUGAAUCGGCGUCACCCUCCCCUUCAGCUCCUGCAACACCUCUGAUGGGGCCCCAAUCUUUCACAACCGCCGGCCCUCCACCUCCUGCUGCACCCGUAUCGGCGCCUGCACCCCCAUCGCCUGUCCCAACAGCAGCAGUGCCUGCUUCUCCAGUCCCUACAGCUGCUGUGCCCGCAUCGGCCAUGGCCGGGGCUCGUCUUUCCGGGAGGCUUACUGGUGUUAUCUCGUUGACUGAUGUACUGAACAUGUUUGCGAAGUCGACUGGUUUGCACCCUUCCGACCCCAACGAACAGCGAGCGAGACGAAGACGAAGCUCAAGCAGCUCAGUGCGGCCUAGCCUGGACUCAUCUCGAGCUAGUAUCGAUUUCCGAAGGUGA